GUGGCGGCCGAUCGACUACCGGGUCACGCGAGAGGUCGACUCUGACGCCAUGUUGCUGAAUGAAAUUAGCUCUAAACAUUAACUGUCCGCUAGCUAUAUUGAAAUGUUAUUUUCCAACUUGUGAGCUUUAUUACAGGCCAGCUAUUUAUUUAAAAAUGACAUAGGAUUUAUUACGCACCGACAGAAGCCCGCUUUCCAAUAACUGUUUUCACGUUGUACUAGUGCCACGCAAUGCACCAUGGAAAUGGAUCACAAAACAUGCAGCGGCAACUACAGAGAUCCAAGUCCGUCACCGGAUCUGAAGCAGACGAGCAGCAGCAACCCACCAUGGCAGUUACACAACAGCAGGCUACGAUUAACCAGGCUCUUUCACCUGUAACAACAUUUUCUUCAGCUGCCAGCCCCUCUGCCCCACAAUCGCCAAAUUAUCAGAUAAUCAUGAGCCGGAGCCCAGUCACUGGACAGAACAUGAACAUCACUUUGCAAAAUGUGGGGCAAAUGGUGACUGGCAAUCAGCAAAUCACACUUACCCCAGUUCCAAUCCAGAACCCUGCAUCACCCGGCUUCCAGCAUACCACAUCCCAAUGGAGGUUUGAACAUCCUCCAUCUUCCUACAUUCAAGUUACCUCACCGAUCCCUCAACCUAUGCAGCCCCAGAGUCCUACCCAGCACAGCCCAGUCUCUCUACAAGGUGUGACAAGGCCAGGAGCUCCAACAGCAGCAUUAGGUGUCUGUGCACAAAGUCCUACUCGGUUUGUGGAAGCUGGCAUGUUGGUAAGGCAAAUCAAUUUAAGCAGUCCAGCUGGAAGUGGCCAUUUUGUGUACCAGGAUGGAACAGCAUUGGCGCAGAUUGCCCAAGCCACGGCUAGUCAGGUCCAACUGGCAGCCCCUGGAACACCUGGCUCCGUUAGAGAACGUCGUCUUUCCCAGCCUCACUCACAGACUGGAGGCACAAUUCAUCAUCUUGGGCCUCAAAGCCCUGUUGCUACAAGUGCAGCACUCUCCUCACUGGGCAGCCCUGGUCAUAUUACCACAUCCAAUUUACCUCCACAGAUCAGCAGUAUCAUCCAAGGACAGUUGUCACGCCCUGGUUUGUUUGAAAAAACACCACAGGGUGUGGUCGCUGGGGCAGGAACAACUGCCACAGCAUCUUUUACCAUGCCCAUCUCUAUUCCACCCUCGAGUCCAUCCCUCUCCAGUCAGCCCCCAGUGACUUCCAACAAUUCCCUCACAAGCACUGGUGUGGUAGGAGGUACAGUGAAGAAACAGCCUCCCAAAAAGUUAGAAGACAUUGCUCCUCCCAGCCCGGAGAUUGCCCAGUUAAGAAAACAGUGCUUGGAGCAUCACACCAAGAAGAUGGAAAGUCUGAAGGAAGUCUACAAAGAAUACCUGAUAGAGCUGUUCUUCCUGCAGCAACUGCAAGGUAACAUGAUGGACUACAUUUCUUUCAAGAAGAAACCGUGUGCUCCGUUGUAUACCUACUUAAGACAAAAUGACUUGGACCUUGAUGAUGAAGAGGAGGAAGAAGAACAGUCCGAGGUCAUUAAUGAUGAGGUUAAGGUUGUCACUGGAAAAGAUGGACAAGCCGUCACACCUGUUGCUAUAGCAACACAGCUUCCUCCCAAUGUGUCGGCAGCGUUUUCUGCCCAGCAGCAAUUCCAGGGACACCAGGGGGUUGCUGCUGGCACUAUUCCAAACCCUUCAGACCUGGAGGCAUUUAAGAGGCAACAGGCCAUGGUGCAAGCAGGUGGCAUGCCUCCUACUCCACAAGCAGUGCAGAUUGCUGGGCAGAAGCAGAACCAGCAGCAAUACGACCCUUCUAAAGGACCUCCAGUGCAGAACGCUGCCAGCCUACACACUCCUCCACCACAGCUGCCUGGCAGGCUGCCUCAGAGUUCCCUCCCCAUGGCAGGAAUGCCUGUAACUCUCUCUCAGCAGGCUCAGUUAGUAGAGGGUACUGUCCAACCCAGUCAGCUCCAAGCACAGGUUAAGGUGCAGGCAGGUGGUGCCAUCCUGGCAACAGUAAACCCUCACACUCAGCUUCAGGCCCAGCUGCAACAGCAGAUGCAGCCAGGACUUCAUCUCCAGUUGCAGGCUCAGCAGCAACAGUCCCAAGCCAUGCUCCAGUCUGGACAAGCGACUGUUGCUCUUGGUCGUCCAGGUGCAGAGUUGAACCAGCCAGUUCAGAGGAUAAUGACCAAUUCGAUAGCGAUAACUUCCAUGUCCCCUGCUCCCCUCUCCAUUCCCAACAAUGUUGCUACACCCAACACAACAAGUCCCCUCCGUCCUCUUUGCUCUAACACCAACCCCAGUUCUCAGUCCAAACUGACCGCAGCCAACGGUGUCCCUGCAGUCAAAGUUGGUGGCUUAGCUCAGGGUGGAACCAUUCAGGAGAGCACACAAGAUAAGCAAGAUGAGCAAGCAAAAUUGGAGAGUCAAGUCCAUCAAAGGAUCUCUGAUCUUAGGAAAGAGGGACAGUGGUCAGCAAGUAGACUUCCCAAACUUGUUGAAGCUUCACGCCCUAAGUCACAAUGGGACUACCUCCUUGAGGAAAUGCAGUGGAUGGCUGCAGACUUCGCCCAAGAAAGAAGAUGGAAAGAGGCAGCUGCUAAAAAGCUUGUUCGGACUUGUGCCAGAUAUCAUCAGGAACAAAUCAAACAUGAAGAAAGGACAAAGAAAGAAAGUGAGUCUCAUCAGCGUCACAUUGCCAGCACAAUCGCCAGAGAGGUGGAAUUCUUCUGGUCCAACAUAGAGCAGGUUGUGGAAAUUAAGCUUCAUUUUGAAAUUCAUGAAAAGAGACUCAAAGCACUUAGUCUACAAACAUCCUCUGCCAAAGAACCAAGCCACUCAAUAGGAGAGAAAUCUGAUAAAGUAGAGGUUUCAGCAAGAAAAAGGAAAUCAAGUUUGUCCAUUUCAGACGUUGAUGAAGAAGGAACCAUCGAGGAACAGGAGGGUGUGGAAGGUGAAACCGAUCACAAAGCAGAGUUGGUUGAUCUCGCCAAAGAUGCUGAGAUGCCUCUGGAUGCACUAAGAAAACAGUAUGCUGGUGCUUACACUGAUGGAUUUGAGUGGCCUCAGCCAAGCCCUCAGAGUGAUGAGGAGGAUGUUGAGGAGACUGAAGAAAUGGAAAUUACAAAAAGCACUCCACCGGAGGCAGUGCUGAUUGACUCCUUGCUCGUGGUGGAUCAGUAUCGGGGUCCUGACAAGUCGUCUUCAUCUGACUCAGAUGGGAAAACUGGCAGGGAUAUAUCUGAGGUGGCUGCUGCUGCAACUGAGCUCGUCCUUCCUAAGGGUGCAUUCAGGACCAGUUCGUCUACACGCACACCUGCUCCUUUCUUACUACACGGCUCCUUGAGAGAAUAUCAGCAAAUCGGUGUGGACUGGCUGGCCAACCUUCACAAAAAGCACCUGAAUGGCAUCCUGGCUGAUGAGGCUGGACUUGGGAAGACAGUGCAGACUGUUGCAUAUAUGGCUCACUUGGCCGGUCAAGAAAGCAUCUGGGGACCCCAUCUUAUUGUGGUGAGGACUUGUAAGUUGUUAAGUUGGGAGUUGGAGUUCAAGCGCUGGUGCCCAGGCCUAAAAGUCCUCCUAUACCUGGGAAGCAAGAAAGAAAGAAGAUUAAAGAGAACGUGGUGGAGAGAAGCCAACAGCUUCCAUGUCUGUGUGACAUCCUACAAGCUACUGAUGAAGGAUCAGGAUCACUUUCUAAAGCGCAGCUGGAGUCACAUGGUGCUAGAUGAGGUUCAGCUCAUUAGAAACAUGACAGAGAAACACUGGGAAACAAUAUUUGCUCUUAGAAGUGAGCAGCGAAUCCUUCUCAUCAACAAUCCUCUGCAAAAUACGCUAAAGGAGCUGUGGACUAUGAUUCAUUUUCUCAUGCCGGGGAUCACCAGGCCAUAUUCGGACUUCCCUGUUAAGGCAGGCACAGACCAAAAUCAGGACUACUGCCACAAACUAGUCAUCCGCCUACAUCGGAUGAUUCAGCCGUUCAUUCUGAGGCGCUCCAAGAGAGAUGUUGAAAAGCAGUUGCCCAAGAAAUAUGAGCACAUCCUCAAAUGUCGACUUUCCAGUCGGCAGAAAAGCCUCUAUGAGGACAUUCUGACACAGUCUGGCACUCAAGAAGCUUUGAAGACGGGCCACUUUGUGAGUGUGCUUCAAGUCUUGAUGCAACUGCAGCGGGUUUGCAACCACCCUGAUCUGCUGGAGCCCAGAGUGAUGAGUAGUCCCUUCUUUUCAUCUCCUCUGGAGUACGUUGUCCCUUCACUGGUCCUUGAAGGGCUGAAGAAUAACUCAAGCAGGCAUGCAGUUGGAUCAAUAUUUGAUCUGAUCAACAAUGAGAACGUGCUGAGCCAUUAUCAGACCGAGGUGGCAAUUCCCAAACUAAAAGUCACCCAGCAACUCAUUGAAGAAAUCUACACUGGACCAGAACCAGCACCGCGGCCUAAGCACUGCCCCAUAAAUCCCAUGAGGUUGUUUCAGCCAGUACAGUAUGGGACUAAACCCGAAGGUCGCUUAGCUACCUUUACAAGUACAGCCAGUCCAAAUCCGCUGGCGUCUUCCUCUGCUGUUGCCGCUCCCAUUUCUACAACGACCCAAUCUUCUCAGAACAGGGGCAAAUCUCCAGUCACCGCUGCCACGACGACAGCCCCUUCUCACGGUGGAGAUGUGGUGAAGAUCGCUCAGUUAGCCAACAUUGCUGGCAAUCAGAACCGUAUCGCCCAACCAGAGACGCCAGUUACUCUUCAGUUUCAAGGCAACAAGUUUACUCUGUCCCCCAGUCAGCUUCGCCAGUUGACCACGGGACAGCCUUUGCAGCUUCAAGGGAACAUCCUGCAGAUAGUUUCAGCUCCAGGGCAGCAAAUCAUCAGACCGCAGGGCUCCAUGGUGAUGCAGACUGUUCCUCAGGCGGUCCCCACAUCCAAUGCCUCAGCUCCACCCGUCACCUCUCAUCCAGCUUUGCCAAAUUCUCAACCAGCUCUGUCAACAAAUUCUAUAGCGACCCCAGCAAAACCAGCUUCCUCCGCUAAUGCUGUGCCUCUGGAAUCUUCAGAGGAAAAGCUCCAGCAGGUGAAGCAGCGCUUGAGCCGCCUUUUUGAAGCAAACGAGCGACGCUGCAGUCGCAGCGUGAUGUACGGCUGCGACCUCCUGAAGGCAUGCACUGUUGGCUCUGAGCGUGGUCACUCUGCUCUUGCCACCGGGGGCUGGAGGUGGGUGGGUAGAGAAAGCUGCCUAAGGGCACAGAGAACUUGUGUGGGGACGACUUCCACACUGCAGGCAUCUCUGUUCACUGUUGAAGACUGCCUUAAGGCUGCCAAGGGCCUCAACAAAAGGUUGGAAUGUGUGGUCCCUGCCGCUGUGUCCCCAGCGCCUUGUUUGUAUGCAGCUAAUCCACCUAUUUCCUAUCGCCUUGAGCUGAGAUCGCUUCAUCGUCAGCUGCAAGACGUCUCUGUGCCUCACAGUACUGUCAUUCACCAGAUAGUACCGAGGCAACUCCUUCAUUUCCCUGAGCUGCAACUCACACAGUUGGACUCAGGUAAAUUGGAAGCACUGGCCAUCCUGCUGCAGAAACUUCGCUCCGAGAAGCGACGAGUCCUCAUCUUUACUCAGAUGGUGAAGAUGCUGGACAUCCUGGAAACCUUCCUAGAUUUCCGGCAGCUGACUUACGUGCGAGUGGAUGAAAGUCUGACUGUCAGUGAGCGACAGGGCAACAUGAGGAACUUCAACAGGAACAAGCAGGUGUUCUGCAGCAUCCUGACCAACCGCUGCUGCUCUGCAGUCGGGACCGUGUUUGAUGCCGAUACCAUCAUCUUCUACGACACAGACCUCAACCCCAGCAUGGACGCGCGCACACAGGAGUGGUGUGACAAAAUUGGACGAUCAAAGGAUAUACACAUAUACAGAUUGGAAAGUGGUAACUCCAUUGAGGAAAAGCUGCUGAAAAACGGAACAAAGGAUCUGAUAAGAGAGGUUGCCGCUCAGGGCAACGACUACACCUUGGCCUUCCUCACACAACGAACAAUUCAAGAUCUGUUCGAAGUGGAGGCAGGGUCCGGCGAGAAGGUGCAGGAGUUUGUGGUCCUCCACCAGGAGCCUUCAGCAUCCGAAAGCAUCUCCCCGAGGGUGGCAAGACCUUACAUCCAGGCUCUCCAGAGUAUAAACCUGGACCCCCAGUCAAAAGCAGAAGAAGAAACAACGGAAGAUAAACCAAUGGAUGAAGAGUCAGACGGCCAAGAGCAGGAAGAUUCUGCACAGAUGGAUGAGCUGAAUGCGGUAAUGGAGCAGCUAACACCCAUCGAAAGAUAUGCUCUUCACUAUCUGGAGUAUCUCCACAUUGGCGAUGAUGAGACUGCUCUCAAGGAGCGACUUGAGUGCUCAAAGAGAAGCUGGGAGGUGAAGCAACUCCAGAAGCUGAAGGAGGAGGAGGAGGAGCAGCAGGAGAUGGAGCGAGAUGAAGAUCUUUUCACCUACACCAGAGAAGAUGCCUAUAACAUGGAGUACGUGUUUGAUGCAGAGAAUGGUCACACAGAAAUCAUGCCACUUUGGACCCCGCCCACUCCGCCACAGGAUGACAAUGACAUUUACAUCGACUCGGUCAUGUGCCUAAUGUACGACACCACACCGAUGCCGGAGUCCAAACUUCCUCCCAUUUACAUUCGCAAAGAACACAAGAGACUCAAGCUGGAUCCCUCAGCUGCCAGAAAGAAAAAGAAAGGCCAUGGAGAGACGGUCAUCCCUCCGCGCUCACUUUUCAUAAAGGACCACAUCAUGAAGGUCCGUCGGGAGGGCAAAGACCAAAAGAAGAAUUUCUCCCUCAAGCAGCAGGCGCCAUUUGCCAAGCCCCUCCCCUCGCUGGUUAAACCUGCGAUGGAGGCUGGACAGGACAAUCCAGAGUGGCUGAUCAGUGAGGACUGGGCCCUGCUGCAGGCUGUGAAGCAGCUACUGGAGCUUCCACUCAACUUAACCAUCCUGUCUCCCGCCCACACUCCCAACUGGGAUCUUGUGAGUGACGUUGUGAACUCUUGCAGCCGCAUCUACCGCUCCCCUAAACAGUGUCGCAACCGCUAUGAGAAUGUCAUCAUUCCCAGAGAGGAGGGCAAGCUGAUUUAUGAAGCCAAUCCCAAAAAGAAAACCAAGAGCAUAUACAAAUCUAAGAACAGCCGCCCUCUGAGGACUUGCCAGAUCUACACACAGGACGACAACGCCACUCAUAUUCAGCUUUACAACAGUCGCUUUGAGCUCAUGAAGAUAAUCGCCAGCAAGAGGAGCGCACCAAUCAAACCUCUGUUGGGCAUGAAUCCAUUCCAGAAGAAUCCUAAACAUGCUUCAGUCUUGGCAGAAAGUGGAAUAAGCUACGACAAGCCUUUACUUCCAAUCCAGAUUGCAACUCAGCGUGCUGAGAGAAUUGCAAAAGAGAAGAAGGCGCUAGCAGAGCAGCAAAAGGCUCAGCAGUUGGCUCAGCAGCAACAGGCCGGUGUUCCGCAGGGCCAGGCCGCAUCAGGCCAAGCUCUGACACCGACAGCUGCUGGUCAGGCUCAGCUCCCUCAGGGGGCCGCCGUGGCCGGGGCUACAGCUGUGCCGAAUGCCGCUGUUCUGGCUGGUGCCAUAAAAAAUGCCACUGUUGGCACCACCAUCCAGGCUGCUACUGUUGGGGGGAAUGUUAUUGUAAACACGGUUGCUGGAGUUCAAAGUCCCUUCCAAGCCAACAAACGCCUGGCAACCCCAGUCAUACCAGGCACCCUCUCUUCACCAAGUGCUGCUGGCGCUCAGGUGGUCCAUGCUCAACAGAGAGCAGUUACAGCUGCUGCCGCUCCUGCUGAGGUGGUUGCCAUCGCAACAGGGCAGGGAGUUCGAGCAGUUACCCCAGUGACUGCGUCGGCCGUGGUGUCGACCACUCUGAGCCCCGCUCAGUCUCAGACCCGCUCACUCGUCUCACCAGCCCAGGGCAUGCAACUGCAGCAAGGGAAGCCUCUCAACCCGGCUCACCUUCAGCUGCUGCGACAGCAACAACUGCAGCAACAGCAGCAGCAGCAACAACAACAACAACAACAGCAGCAGCAGCAGGCAGCUUCUCCACAGAUCAAAGCAGUCGGAAAACCCCAGGAGUUGUUGAAGAUGCACAAGCAUAAGCUGCAGCUUCAGCAGCAGCAGCAGGUGGCUGCAGCAGUGGCAGCGGCGGCCGCAGCUCAAGGUCAGCAGGCACCCGGCGCUCAGCAGACCACUCAGGUGCAGGCGGCCCAGGCCAGCCCUCAGCUGACGGCGGUGGCAGCGCCCAGGCCCGGCGCCGUUCUGACCGGCACCACAGUGGCCAACUUGCAGGUGGCUCGACUGACUCGAGUGCCAGCCCAGGGGCUGACUCAGGCCCAGGCCGGCCAGACUCAAGUCACCCUCACCAAACCUCCUGUGGUCUCUGUGCCGGCGGUGGUUUCCUCCGCUGGUGUCACCACGCUGCCUGUCACCGUGGCGGGCAUCAGCGUGGCCAUCGGCCAGGCCCAGAAAACAGGUGGCCCGGUGCUGACCCCGUCCUUCCCCCAGAUGCAGGUCCAGCAGCUGCUUCAGAUGAAGAAGCAGCACCAGCAGGCGGCGGCCGCAGGACAACAAAAGGCAGGACAGCCACAACAGACACAGGCCACUUUACAGCAGAAGAUCGGCACGCAGCAGGUGACGGUCCAAGCGGCCCAAGCUGCUCCGCAGCAGCAGCAGAAAGUGACCUACACGACCACCACGCAGCUGCAGCCGGGCAUCAAGACCCAGUUCUUCACAACGUCCCUGGCCCAGACACAGAAAGCCGCUGGAGCUCAGCAAAUCCAGGUGGCCAAGCUCCCGCAGAUCGUGCAGCAGCAGCCGACCGUGGCCAACAUUCAGCAGAUCGUCUCGUCUCCCCAGCAGAUCCAGACCCAAACGGUGGCGCUGACCCAAGCCGCCACAUCCACUCCCACUCAGGUCCAGAUGAUUCCUGCGGGAACCACGACGGCGCAGGUCAUCCAGCAGAAGAUCAUCCAGCAGCAGGUUGUCACCGCAGCUGCUUCCCCACAGAUCCAAACCCCACCUCCUCACAGCCCCGCCCAGCAAACCACCGCGCCCUCGGCCCCGGAGACGGCGAGCCAGCAGCCCUCUCAGCCCCAGCAGCCGGCCAAAGGUCAAGCCAGGCAGGCUGGGAUCAGAGCGAAAGCGCCUGGAAAACCCAGCGGCGGAGGAAGUUAAGUCUCCACCUGGACCUGAUUGGACUUGUGUGAUGAGGUGAAGGACGGUGGCAGCAGAGAAGGAUCCAGUACCUCACCCCCUUCAUCUCCUGGUCAGAUGGCUCAGCACUGUUCCAGUGCGUGUGCCAGGACCUGAGUCAACUUUCUUACCUCUUUUUUUAUUUGUCAAAAUGUGGUAUUACCUUGGAAACUGCAAGAAUACUUAGUGGCUUGUCUCCCGUCGGCGGACGUCACGAAGUCUUCGAGCAAAAACGUAUUAAUGACUCAAGAGACGUGAAGCUUUUCAGGUGAAGAGCUGUCCAUUAAGUGUAUUCACCAAUAUUCCCCUGCAUGUCCCCCCACCUGCCCCCGUCGUCUGUAGAUCUAAAUGGAGAGUAACGCACGUUCCUUUAGUUGUUUUGUUUUUUUUUAUCGCAGCAAACACACUGUAAACAUGUAUUUUAGUAUUUUGUGUUUUCUCAUAAAUUCUUUUUUUAUUGAUGUCGAUGGAAAAAAGUGUAAAUAUCAAACAAAAAAACAUUUGUACUUGUAAAGUAGUCGUGGUUCCCUUGGGUUUUUUCAACCUAAUUGUAAUAAAGUGUUUUUGUUUUUUA